UAUCCGUAUUACAGUCUACCGUGUGUAUUGUAUAUUUUCGGUCGUCUGUCGUCGGUGUACUUUGUCUCGGGCUGCCACCUCACGUCGUAUUGUUUGUUUUGCCUUCGUAUUUGUUGCGACGGUAUACGAUGCGCGGCUAUGUUCAAUUUAAAUAUUUACUCCUUUAAAUGAUACUUUUUGCUUUACGUAUGUAACAGAUGUUCGAAUUCGAAUUGCAUCUCUCGGUGGUUUUUUUCUCACUCACAUACGCCUAGUUUUACUCUACCUGUAUCUUUCCUCUUUUUUUUUCAACGUGUUUUGCGGUAAUAUAACGGUGAAAAUUCGCGGUAGCGGAUUUUUAAAUUUUUCUCAGAGACUAUAAAACAUGAAGCAUGAUCUCCCAAAUACGUAGAUCUUAAGGAAUCGACUGGCAGAUUCGUGUUGUACAGAAUUACAAACCAUGUUGUAAUCUUUAAAGAAAAAGAAUAACGAAUCAUGAGGCUUCGUUGGCCUUUUUUAAGACUGGAAAGGAAUGCUGUAUUAUGCGCUCUGCUGGCAUAUUUCAUCAAUUACAACACACUGGAUGCCGAGUUCACUUAUGAUGACAGCCGAGCCAUACUCAGCAAUCCGGACGUACUGCCAUCGACGCCGCUAUCCAGACUAUGGAAAAACGACUUCUGGGGCACGGCGAUAAAUUCGAGCAAUUCGCACGGAUCGUACAGGCCUCUGAGCGUAUUAACAUUCCGCUUCAACUACUGGCUAUCAGAGUUCCGGCCAUGGAGUUAUCAUUUCUUCAACGUGGUUCUGCACUCGAUAUCAACAUAUCUGGUGUUCACAUUGGGCAAAUCCGUUCUGCCAAGUUCGACCCAGACCACAGCUACCCUGCUUUUCGCAGUCCAUCCAGUGCACUGCGAAGCGGUAGCUUCGGUGGUUGGCCGAGCUGAUAUAUUGGCGAACGUGUUUUUCAUUUUGUCUUUCUUGUGCUACAUAGAGCACGUAAAAUUACGCAAUAAAAUCGCCGGCUACGUUGAAGUACCGACGGCGGCGGCGGCGACGGUGAAAAAUGGCUGUAUAGUGAAAAACGGCCAUAGGCAUGAUGAGAUACGAGUAUGCCAUAAGUAUAAAUUCAAUAACACCGAAUGCAAUAGUAAAGUGUGCCGACUGGAGUCGCUGCUGAAGAAAAUAUGCCAGUUUUUAAAACUGAAUAUUUAUCUGAGCGAGAUGGAAGCUCUGUCUGGAUAUGUUGUUAAAUCAAAUUUUAUCAAAGAAUGGAGCUUGCUGGCGGUAUCCUUGGUAUUGGCGACGAUGGCGAUGCUGUCGAAGGAAACGGGAGUUACCGUGUUGGCCGUCUGCGCUGCGUACGAUUUGGUGAAGACGAGACAUCUGCUGCAAAAGAGAUAUUACCUGUACAGAAGCCUGGCUAUAUUGAGUAUAGCGAUGGGAGGCCUGCUAAUUAUCCGAUUCUACGUUACGGAUGGCAACAAUUUACCAACGUUCGCAUCGUCCGAUAAUCCAGUAUCGAAAUCGAAAUCGUUUUUUACGAGGACGUUAACGUUUCUGUAUCUUCCGGUUUUUAAUUUCACGUUACUGCUGUGCCCUUCGAAGUUGAGCUUCGAUUGGUCGAUGGACGCUAUACCGCAAAUAACGUCCAUAUUCGAUAGCAGAAAUAUAUUAACGUUCGGUUUCUACACUGUCGGCUGUAAUUUCGUUAAAACGUGCCUGCUUCAUACGGUUUUUAAUUCGAGCGCCGAUCGAAUCGAUUACAAAUCGAAAUACCACGAGAAAGCGAUCGCCGCUAAUGGCAUUUGCGCCAGUAGCAAAGACUACUGGACGCCUAAAAUGACCCGAACUAGUUCGAAAAGCAGCAACGGGUUCGCGCCGACCAAAAAUGGUUUCAAUCAUUUGAAUGGGUUCGCGGAUAAGUACAACGGUCAUGCCCACGCGAUAUCGUCCGCUCAUCGAAAAACGGACCAGAGACGUUAUUACGAAAUUUAUUUAAUAAGUAUAUCGUUACUAGUUCUUCCAUUUUUGCCGGCGACCAAUUUGUUUUUUUAUGUCGGAUUCGUCGUCGCAGAACGUAUACUUUAUAUACCGAGCGUCGGGUAUUGUUUUUUUAUCGCUGUUAGUUUCGACGUGCUGCAGAGGCGAUUUAAUUUUAAGUAUUUUCGCGUUUUGUUUUCGUUAUUCAUUAUCGUAUUAAGUGCUAAAACAAUAUUAAGAAAUGAAGACUGGCACGACGAGGAGUCGCUGUACAAAUCCGGCGUCGAGAUCAAUCCACCCAAAGCUUAUGCCAAUUUGGGAUCGAUAUUGAGCUCGCAAGGUCGUAUCGAAGAGGCCGAACAGGCGUUAAAAUUGGCCCUGAAAUAUCGAUCGAAUAUGGCCGAUGCUCAUUACAAUCUGGGCAUUUUGCAGCACGGAAAAGAGCAGUAUGAAGAGGCAAUCAACAGCUAUAAGAUGGCAAUUCAUUACAGACCGAUGCUAGCUCAGGCUCAUCUGAAUCUGGGUCAAUUACUAGCAUCGCUGGGUAAAUGCGAAGAUGCCGAGGUGAUUCUGAGGAGAUGCGCCAGUCUAGACGGGACCGGUGUCAAGGAUCCCAUAUCACACGAAUCGACCAAAAUCUCAGCCCUGUUGCAUUUGGGCAGACUGAUGGCGGAUCGAGGAAGGUACAACGAGGCGAUUACCAUUUACCGUGAAGCGGUGGAUUCGUUACCAGAAAAUUAUCAGCCUCAGGUGCUGUAUAAUUUAUUAGGAGAAGCUUUGUUCCACGUUGGUGAAUUGGAUGAAGCUGAGAAAUGGCAUUUAGCUGCGAUGGAGGUGAAACCGACCCACGUGGCUACUCACCUCAUGUAUGGAAGACUGUUGGCCAAAAAUAGAAGCAGAAUCGCUGAAGCUGAGCAACGAUUCUUGAAAGCCCAAGAACUCGCUCCCGAGGAUCCAAACGUGCAUCAGCAUUAUGGUCAGUUUUUAUCGCAAAAUCGUCGAUAUAACGAAGCAGCUCAGCAAUACUUACUAGCCAUGAAAUCUGCACCAACCGAAUACGAUUUAAUAAUCGGAGCGGCGACUGCAUUCAGGCAUGCUGGAAGGGGUGAUAAGGCUGAGCAACUUUACAGACAAGCUUUAUCGUUGAAACCGAUGGACCCAGGCGCCCACGUGAACCUCGGAGCGAUGCUACAUCUAAAUGGUAAAUUCCAAGAAGCGACCGUAUACUAUCGAGCAGCUUUAAAACUAGAUCCGCACGACGAACUGGCGCUGGAAAACAUGAAAAAACUCAUACCACAUUGGAAAAUGCCAUCUUUAUGACUAGCGUCUUGCCAUCGACCAUCACCCAAUAAAUUAGUCAUGUUUUUAAAACCGAAUUAACGCAAUGUAAGGUUACUCGGAAAUGCUUACUAAUUACGAGCUACCAAUUUGCGUAUAAAAUCGUCGUCGUUGUUUUUUUUUUCUUUGUUUUUGUUUCCCCUUUUUUUUUCAUUUUUGAUUUUUACUUCCGAUGGUGUGAAAUGGAUCGCAUCAUUGUAACUGUGAUUUACAAAUACGUGUUUCCGGAUGGUUUUAUUUGUUUUUGAUUUUGAAAUUUCGUCCGAGGGUUUUUUUUCUCUUGUUGGGAUUGCGAGAUUACGUGAAAAGUGCAUUUUAAAAAAAGAAAAUUUUUAUCAUGUUUUACAUACGAAAUGUGAUCGAUUUUAUUUCGGUGGCUUCAGAAUCUAAAUGUACUUACUUACCUAAGUAAGUAAUUUCUCACUUGGCAUUUUUUCUAAAAUAUUGUUUUUUCCUCGUUGAAAAUUUUUUACUGUUAUGGGUCUGAUCUCCGCUCCGGUGACUGGAUGGAUAGGUCAAUUAGCUGAAAAAAGUGCUUUUUAAAAAACGAAUUGUUGGAAUACUUACUUUUAAAAGAUCUAACUACUGUAUUCAUAUUUGCUGGCAUAAGCUGUUAAAUUUCUAUUCUAUGAUUAACAAGAAAAAAAAAUUCGUUUGUAUUUAAUUAUGAAAUUUUUUCAUUCUGUUUGAUUCCUUCAUUAUUUUCCUACCAUUUUAGAAUUUUUUUCUUCGUACCUACCUAAUGUGCAAUGAUUUUCAACGAAGUCACCCUCUUUGAUACCAUUAUCAUUUUAUCAGCGAUUUAUUUGUAGAUGUUAAGUUUUCAUAUAAUAUUUUCCUCUCCAUUGUUCUGUUUUUAUGUGUACUUAAGCUUAAAAAUUUUUUUCCUCUCUUUAAGGGUAUUAAGUAUUUUAGAAAGUUCGUUAGAAUUUGUAAACAAAAUUUUGAAUUUUUUUCAUUUUUUUUCUGUUUAUAAAAGAAUAUUUUUUAUAAAAAUAUUUUUCGUGCCUAUUAUUUUCAAGGUUCUGUUACGAUAUUUAAUGGACAUAAUUUACUUAUAUUCAAUUUUUUCAUUAUGCCUCGUUUGUGGUAAAAUGUGUGUUUAUGUUACCUAAAUAAAUAAAUUUUACUAUACCGA